UAUUGCAAUAAAACUAUUCCAAAUGAAUCAACUUUACGAAAAGGAUACUUCGAUUCAUGCUACUUUAAUACGAUAGCUAAAAUACGCGAUGCUGUGAACGGUCAAAAAAUAUGGGUUUGCAUAGAUGAAACAAUUGAAAGUGUACGACGUAAUGUAUCUAAUGUCAUUAUUGGUAUUUUGAAACCACAAGAUGUUGGUAAAACCUAUCUUAUUCACACAGAAUAUUUAUACAAAGUGAACCAUAGUACUAUUUUUCAAUUAUUUGACAAAUCUAUGCAUAUUUUAUGGCCAAAUAAUGUUAAUCACGAGGACAUUUUAUUAUUUAUUUUGGAUGCUGCGCCGUAUAUGAAAAAAUCUGGCCGCUAUAUUCAAACACUGUAUCCAAAAGCUUUGCAUGUGACAUACUUAGCUUAUGCCCUCCAUAAUGUGUGUGAAGAAGUCCGUGCACAUUUCCCAAAAGUUGAUCGUCUGAUUGCCGAGAUGAAAAAAACAUUUCUGAAAUGUCCAAAACGGAUCACUAUUUUAAAUGAAAAUUGUUCGGAUAUUCCAAAUCCACCUAAACCAAUCACUACUUGUUGGGGUACAUGGAUUACAGCAGUCGAAUAUUAUUGCACAUAUUUAAAUGAAAUAAAAAGUGCAGUUGAAGAAUUCAGCGAGAAUGUCCAGUGUGUGAAUGUUGUAAAAGAACUUAUAAAAUAUCAAUCUUUACAUUCAAAUCCCGUCUACAUUAUAACAAAUUUUGGAUUUAUUCUACAUGCAAUUACACAAUUAGAGAAAAGAAGUGUAACCUUGACAAAAAGUAUAGGUAUUGUGUUAGAAGCAAAACAAAAGUUAGAGGAAGCUAAUGGUGAAGUAGCGAAAUUUAUUUUAGAAAAGUGCAAUCGUGUUUUUUCAAAGAAUAAUGGAUGGGCAGAAAUUCAAAAAGUUUAUUUAAUUCAUAAUGGCACUACACUAAACGGGUUCGAGUAUACAAGGUGUGGCAAUCCAAUCCGUUCAGUUUUAGAGAAAUGUAUAAUGACAUUAGACCACGCCGAAUACUCACUGACUUACAGUAGUGGAAUGGCGGCGACUACGUCCAUGGUAAAUCUAUUAGUGCCCGGAGAUCAUCUAUUAUGCAGCAAAGAUGUAUAUGGCGGUACUUAUAGAUUACUGAACGGAGUGGCACGGCAAGCAGGCAUCUUUAUCGACUUCAUUGACUUCUCCAACAAAGAAAAUGUUAUCAAAUAUAUAAAAUUUAAUACUAAGCUCGUAUGGUUUGAGAGUUUAUCGAAUCCUUUGACGCAAGUGUUAGACGUACAAGAAUUAUCCGAAGCUGUUCAUAAUAUGCGAGCUGAUAUAAUAGUGGCGGUUGAUAACUCGUUCGUGACUCCCUAUUUUCAGAAACCUUUACUUCUUGGUGUAGACGUCAUCAUGUAUUCUUUAAGUAAAUAUAUGAAUGGACAUUCAGAUGUACUAAUGGGCGCAUUAGUUACUAACAACAAAGACAUAUAUGAUAAACUGUACUUUUUACAAUACACGUGUGGUAAUAUACCAUCAUCAUUCGAUUGUUACUUAGUUUACCGUGGAUUAAAAACAUUACAAGUUCGCAUGGAAAAGCAUAUGGCUAGUGCAAUGGUUUUGGCCAAGUAUUUAGAAUUACACCCUAAAGUGCUAAAAGUGUUCUUCAUGGGACUUCCGAAUCAUCCGCAAUAUAAAAUCAUUCAAAAACAAUUUACCGGCUACAACGGGUUGGUGUCAUUUUAUAUUAAUGGCAGUAUAAAAGAAAGCACGUGUUUUUUGGAAUCGUUAAAGUUGUUUAGUAUUACGUGCAGUCUUGGAUGUUACGAAAGUUUGGCUGCUUUACCAUGUAAAAUGACACAUGGUUCACUGACGGACGAAGAAAGGAGGCAGUUGGGUAUUCAUGACAACCUCAUUAGAUUGUCCAUUGGUUUGGAAUAUGUGCAGGACUUGAUCGAUGAUUUAGAUCAAGCGUUUCAAUUAUGUGGCGCCAAAAAUAAAUCAGAAUAAUAAGUCCAGUUUAAUAUAGUUUUCGUGUGUACGAUAUAAUUUUUAUUCACCCGAAAUCUGUGUUACAUAACAAUCUGUUAACAAGACGUUAAAUUUAAACAAUAAUACAAAAUAACAUUAUCUAAAA